GCUUUCCGCCGUUUCAGUAGAUGGCGAUCGCCGUCGGCGUGUGUGUGUCGUACGCAGUGCCCCGCCGCCCGGAAUGGCAACGAGCCGCCCGGAGUAGCCGAGAGUGUUUUCGUCGAGUGUUAAAUGAAAAUGGGCUCCUGAGCGCCGCACCGUCCUCUCGUCGUGUGCCGUGCGCGAGCCCCUUGUCGGCGUGCCCUGAAUGAUGUCGACCCGAUCGCAACUCACAAAGGAUUUGAACGAGAGUAUCAAAUCGUUGCUGGGCAAGCAGGUGAAAAUCCUCUUCAAGAAUGUCGUGCGAUUGGAAACCAAGGGAGAUAAGACUGAAAACCGGGUUCUGGUGUUCUCACCAUGCCGAAUAUUAUUACUCACAGCCAAAGUUCCAACGAGAAUUGACUGUCACUUCCAUUACUUGGAAAUCAAAGCGUUGGAAAGCAAACGCGGUAACCAGCUAUGCAUAACAUUCAACGAGAAACCGUAUUCGUUUCUUACCGGCGAGGAUUCCACAUCCAGCACGGAGGUGGACAGUAUGAUUUCGGCGCUGGCGACGGCGAUCCGAAACAUCUUCCCCACCGUCUCGCUACACUACAUUAUACGUACAAUUGACGUAAUACCCGCCUCGAGAUUACAAGUUCUUCGUGAUAUCGAGGCAGUUGGCAGUAAUAUUCGUGAAGUAGGACCUUGUGGAGGUUUCUCAACGCAGUAUGCUUGCAUGUGCGACUUUCACAACAUGCCCUACCGCGAGGAAGUCGCCUGGGACGUGGACAACAUCUACGUAUCGCUCAACACGCGCGAGUUGGCUCUCAAAGAUUUCGACCAGUUUGAACAAAAAGAUUUAAUUCCGAUUAUAAGUGCCCUGGAAUACAACACGUGGUUUACACGUCUGCGUGUCAACCACGUGAAAUUGUCGCAUGAUGUGAUGGAGAAGGUGCUACACGUGCUGCGCAAGUCGCUGAGUCUGGAAGAGCUCUACCUGGAUAAUCUAACGCUCAAGUCGGACUUUGUUAAUAAGUUGGCGGGUGUCCUCAAGAAGAAUCACAUGAUUCCGCUGCAUACCAUUGACCUGUCUAGUAAUGUGAUUGAGGAUAAAGGUGCUGUGCACUUGGGCGGGUGUAUUGCUGAGCUGAGCAAAGGAUUGGUGCAUUUGAAUGUAUCGCAUUGCGGGCUUAGUGCCAAGGGUGUUAAUCAACUCGCGCUGCAGAUGACGAACAAGACAAGCCUUUACAAUACGUUGACUUAUCUUAACAUUAGUGGGAAUAAUUUAAAAGACGAUAUUAGUAAUUUACAUACGUUUUUGAGCCAUCCGAAUGCCAUUACACACUUGGAUAUAUCAGCAACUGAUAUUAUUUUAGAAAAUCUAUUCAAUGCUCUUGUCAAGGGUUGCACUACAAACUUGGUGCAUUUGAACGUUUCCCGCAACCCGUAGCAGCAAAAGAGCAAAGAAGCGCCGAUUGCUUUCAAACAAUUCUUCAGCACAUCUUUCAAUCUUAAAUAUUUAAAUAUGGGUCAUUGCAAGUUACCACAGGAGGCGUUAAAGAAUUUAUUGCUGGGAUUAGCGUGCAACGAGUUCACCAAGGGAAUUGUGCUUGACCUGAGCUAUAAUUCACUUGGUAGUCAAGGAGCUCACGUCAUUGAAUCCUGCAUACAUGGUGUUCGAUGUAUUAGUAGUUUAGAUAUUACCGAAAAUGGAAUGGAUGUAGACAUGGCACAGGUAGUGAUUGCCAUAAGCAAAAACAAAUCGCUCAAGCAUCUCUACAUGGGCCGCAACAUGAUGAACAUGAAGGCGAAACACGUGUCUACCGUGAUGGACGCCGUCGUGCAAAUUAUUCAAGACGAAGAGUGCAUGCUGCAGUCGUUGUAUUUGCCUGAUUGCCGACUCAAGUCCGACUUGCAUAAUUUCUUCUCAGCGCUCGGUAACAACAAGUGCCUUGAGGUGAUAGACAUCUGCGGCAACAUGAUUGGCGAUUCAGGCGCGCGCCUGCUCGCCAAGGCGCUGCAGAUCAAUACGAAGCUGAAAAGCAUUUCGUACGAUCGUAACAAUAUUACUCUUCAGGGCUAUGCUGAUAUUUCAUACGCGCUGGAGAGUAAUCGUACUGUUACACAUAUGCCCUUCCCUAUUUAUGACAUUACACCGUGCAUGAAAGCGAAUGCCGAGAAGGCGGAUUUUGUGAUGCGCAAAAUUCAAGAUUUGCUCAAUCGCAACGUCUCGCCGCGUAAGAGUAACAUGAAGAAACACCAUGCGUUGCAGCCUGGUUUUAUGUUAAGUUCUAAACAACAUGCCGUCGAUCGCCUAGUCAACCAAACCAUGGAUGUGGUGAAGAACGCAGGCGCUGAUUCUCCAGCAUCAAAUAGUGAUAUUAAUCACGCCAAUGAUGUGAUGAAAGACGCGGAAAACUCUAAGAAAUUGUUUAAUAUACUUCAGGAGGUUGCGCAGCAAAAGGACGAAGUGCAUCCGGUAAAAGUAAAGCUACAGCAGGUGUCUGUUGAUGUGCAUACAAGCAUACACGAGUACCUGCAGACCAUCACCGAGAAAAUGCUUAAAAGUGCUAGGGAACUUUGUCCGUACGUCCUCAACGACAAUCAUGCGAUUCAGGAUAUUAAACGUGACUGUAAGAACAAGAAACAGAUUCCGCUUGAUUUCGUUACGAAUUGUAUUAAACAUCAGGCUGGAACUGACAUUAUGAACAAAUUAGGGGAGUUAAAUUUGAUUAUUGCAUCGUAUGUAUCCGAACAAAUCACAGAUGAAGUGUUCGAGUCGUUGCUGCGCGGGUAUAAGAUCCUGCUUGGUGAUAACAGCGGCAUUCGCAUUGACUCGCCGCCGCGUAGGUCGCGUCUGAGCAGCUCGGGCAGUUCGCGGCACGGCGCGAGCGACAUUUCCAUCACAGACAGCAGCCACCAGUCGGACCACUCGCCGCUGAAGUUGGAGUAUUUAAAUCUGGCGACACCACAUUUGUCUAUAAAACGUAAAAGUCUACACGGUCGCAAGUUGCGGCCGAAGUCAGUUGUGGACAGCGUUGAAGGUUUGUCCGCUGAUGACAUUCCCAGUUUAUUGCCGAGUAUGCCGCGGAAUAAUGCCGAGGAAGAUGAUUCGGUGACUGAGUUACCGAAUGCCACCUAUCAACUUCAGCAUCUUGUCAAAGGGCGACCAAGGAGAGCAAAAACGCGCGCGCCUACACGACCACUUCUUCGACCUACGGACGCUGUUGUCGAUGCGGUUGAUCCCACUGCGGAUCUUAAAGAAGGUUUGGACAGUUUCUUCCGUCCUGGGUCAGUUACACCCACUUCUGAGGAAAUCACGCAAGUGGAUGGUAGUCCUAAUCAUGAUUUUAACUCGCCCAACUUGAGUGAUGGUCGGAAAACACCGCGGACGUGCAUGAAUUCACCUCAAUUGAAAGGUCUUCUAACUCCGACACCCCGGUCGCGAUCGUCGGACAACUUGGAGAAACAAUCACCGACUGUAGCACGUAAAGCUACUUCAGAGACAGCGUCGCCGCUCACACGCCGCCCCACUGGUGAUAGUUUAUUAUCGACUGGCAGCAGCGAAGGUGAAUUGGGUGAUGAGAAAGCCACCACACCGGAAAGUCUUAAAGAGGAAGGCAAAACAAAGACGGCUUCCCUACCGCCACCAGCGACAGCACCCAAACCGCGUCCAUGGUCAAUGAUUAACAAUUCUGACAAACAAGGCAGCGGAGAUAACUUGUUAAGCGAUGGUUCUUCUCCCAUUCACUCUACUGGGAAUACUCCAGAUUCAGGCGAUACUCUGGACAGCGACACAUCGUCCAUUGAUCGUAAAUUGACAAAAGACAAGAAGCCAGGUAUAUUACGCGGUUAUUUUCCGAUCCGGGACGAGUUUAAGUUCCUUGCCCGCAGUAAGGUGAUAGCGGUUGAUCGACCGCGCAGUCUUGCCGAGCGUAGACGCGACACAAACUACAACUGUAAGGACGAAGAGGACGCUCACAUAAGUAGGUAGAAGACGAUACGUACGAAUUGACUACAUAUAUUUGGGUACAAUUUAUUGAAAACAAAACUGCCAGUGAAAGAAGUUCACUUUCCUCAAAAAUUGAAACAAAAAAUUCCACACUCACGCAUGUUUUUAACGCAACACUUUAUGCGAGUUCUACUACGUUUAGUAAUUGCCAAAAAGUCAUGUUUAAAAAUCACGUAAUAACUAUUGCUAGAGUUGCAACUAUAGAAGAAAAGAGUCACACGCGAAACGUGUUCGCAAACCAACACUACAUCUCUUCCAUCUAAUCUAUACAAACUCAAUAAUCAAUCUACUCACCUGUUAGGCAUGUAAUACUAUUUGGCACUAGCGACCGAUAUUUACUUACGGACGGUCAUAGCGGAGCGGAUUUUGGCAAAUGAUGAAAAAGAUUCAUUCCGAUGAAUCGAGUGCAAUUAGAGAGAAGAAUAUAUAUAUACGUAUAUACGAUUUGUAACUGGUAUGAAAUUAAUAUGUAAUUGAGAGAUGUGUAAUAAGUUCGCGAGUCGAAACUAUCCAAGAAAAAAAUCUUUCACUUGAUCGCCGAAUUCUGUCGGCGAGCAACAACUGUACAUAAACAUUAAUCCAAAUGAACCAGAAGUAAUGCGCACAUCGAAACAUGAGCGAAGAAAUUGAAAACGCUAGCGCAAGUGUUACAUUCGUGCAUAUUUCCUUCGAUAACGUAUUUUUUUACCGUAAAUGUGUUUAUGUGAUAUUAUAAUAUAAUUUUAACGCGUUAAGAAAUUCAUUUACGAUAUGUGCUAAAAUUGAAUUGAUGCGGAAUUGUGUAGCUGUAGGCGGCCAUUUUGGAUGUUUUCCACGAUUCAUUCUCUUCCAUAGAUUAAUCUUGUUUAUAAUUCCAAUCAAUCAAUAAUUUAAUUGUCAAUAUACACAUUGAAACAAAA